AUGGUGGAGUACCUGGCAGUGGGCAUGAAGCUGCACGCCAUGUACAAGGACGAUGGUGAGUGUUAUCGGGCCGUGGUUGUUCGCCUGGCACCAAAGAGACGGAAGGCUCCCGUGAAGGUCCACUAUGCUGGUUACAGCGACGAGGCCGACGCUUGGGUGUCCAUCGGCAUGCUCAAAUCAAAGGCUUUGCCGAAGAAAGAGAAGACGGAGAACCCUGCCAAGGCCAAGCCGAUGGAUUACUCGGCAAUCAGGAAAACCAUGCGCCUGCAUGCUGAAGCCGACGGAAAGUAUUGGGCAGCAGAGGUCGUGGCCGUCAACUUGAAGAAGAAGGCUGCGCCAGUCAAGGUGAACUUCAUCGGCUAUGACAAGCGGUAUGACGAGUGGUUGGGAGCCGAUCGGCUGCGCUCCAAGGCCAUUGUGCCACUCAAGGACAACAAGGCGGCACACGGUGCCGUCAUGCCACCCAUGGCGACGGAGUAUCCGAAUCUUUUGGUCAAGACCCAGGUGAAGGCUGUUCUCGACCCAGGCAUUUGUCCACCAGUUCUGGCAAAGCAGAAGUACAUGGAGGCGACAAAGGAUGACUUCUUUUUCGAUUUCCAUGAGCUAGCUGCUGCAGAGGAGGAGGAGGAGGGCCACACCAACAUGGGCACCAUCGGCCACGUCGACGGCAAGACCACGUUCUCGGCGUCCAGCUCCCCUGUUUGCGGCCAGUCCAGCACCUCCGACGGCAGGACGGAGUCCUAUGAGGAGAUCGACAACGCGCCAGAGGAGCGAGCCCGCGGAAGUACCAUCAACGCCUCGCACAUCGAGUACGAGACGGAGUCCAGGCACUACUGCCAUAUGGACUGCUCUGGACACGCGGACUAUGUUGAGAACAUGUUCACGGGACCUUCGGCAGCCUUUACGUUGAACAUGCUUGCUGAGAUAAAACCGGGGCUGCGUCUCGCUGAGAGACACGGACGUGGCCCGGGCGCCUGA